UUGGGCCCAAACAAGUUGAACACCCCAUCAAAAAUCACUAGAUUGGGGUUUAACCACCAAGAACAGCAAAAGGGUUUUGCAUUUUCUGGCAGCACCAUUUCUUUGGGUCAAUCAAAAUGCAUCGACGUUCAUCAAUCUCUCUCUGUAAAUCGCUUCUCAGACACCCUUUUGAGAAAUCAACAAUACCCAAAUCUUAUUUUUCCUUAAGAACUCUUACAUCUCUCUCAAAUUCAUCCUUAAACCUCACGAAGACCCGACAUUUUCUUGGUCCAACGAGUUCAAAUUCAUCAAACCAGCUCGUAAAUUUCCAGAAUAUAAGGCGAUAUAGUGUUGACAGUGACAGAGAAGUUGAUAAAAUCAACCUCAAGUUUGCAGAGGCAAGAGAGGAGAUAGAAUCAGCCAUGGAAUCUAAAGAAACUGUGUAUUUUAAUGAAGAAGCUGAAUGUGCUCGUGCUGCUGUUAAGGAAGUUCUUGAUUUGUAUCAAGGGUUGUUGGGGAAGCUUUCAGAGAGUGAAAAGGGGGUGAUUCAAAGGUCUAUGGGGCUUAAGAUUGAGCAAUUGAAGGCUGAGCUUGAGCAAUUGAAUGAAUGAAUGAUAGGAUUAGUGUUAGCGUGCUAAAUAAGGGAAGAACCUUCACCAUAACCAUAUGAGCUUGCAACUGUCUCAAGUCUACAAGCUACUUUGGGCCAAGGCACUUGUCUUCUGUCUGUCAAGAUCUUAAUAAUUACAUUCAGCUUGCUUGUUAUACUUUAAGUAGUCCUAGAAAUGUCGUUCAUUGAUCUAGAUGUUUGAACUUCUUCCGUUCUUUGCUGAAUUGAGCAAGCGAAUUUGUGUGAAUGAUGCCGUCAAUGAAAAUGGAUGUUCUCCUUUCAGAAUAUCUCAAAGUUGUGAUCGACAUCUGAAGCGUGUUUCCCAAGUGCUAAAAUUAUAUGAACAAUGUUGUGCCACCUAUUUGUAUUAUUGUAUACAUAUGAACUGAUUUUGGUAAAUUCAAUUUAGGCAGCGCCAAUCUUAUAAUCGCUGCUGUACUGAGGUUGUUGGGAUCGAUAUAUAUUCAUUAUAAAUGGUAGCUGGAAUCGUUUUAA